AUGAACUCCAGUGCGCUAUUCAGAGUUGAUGGUAUCGUGGCUGUCGUCACCGGCGGAGGCUCUGGCAUCGGUCUCACGAUGGCAAGAGCCCUCGUCAAUCAUGGUGCCGCGAAGGUGUAUAUCCUUGGGCGUCGCCUUGAAGUACUUCAAACCGCAGCUAAGGAGCAUUCGAACCUGAUUCCUCACAAAUGUGACGUUACUUCGAAAGAAGACCUCCAGGCUAUUGUCGAUCGCAUCACCAAGGAAGUCGGAUACGUCAACCUCGUCGUCGCGAACUCCGGUAUUCUCGGACCCGCCGUGCGCUACAACCCGGCACAUUCGAUUUCGGAUCUGCGCAGGGUUCUCUUCACCGAAUUCUCGAUGGAGGAUAUGACCGAAGUUUUGAAUGUCAAUGUCACAGCAGCCUUCUUCACCAUGUCGGCUUUCCUCGAGCUGCUCGAUGCCGGAAACAAGAAUGCACUCAAAGGUGGCUUUGGCAAACCCGAUAGGGAGGAUAGCGACGUCGUAACCAUCCAGAGUCAAGUCAUCUUUACUAGCAGCAUCUCCGCUUUCAGCCGUCAUUACGCUUCGACGCCUCCGUACCUGGCCAGCAAGAGUGCAAUCGCACAACUCACGAAACAGGCCAGCAGCCAGCUAGGCAGACACGGCAUCCGUGUCAACGGCAUGGCCCCAGGAUUAUUCCCGUCAGAUAUAGCUGCGGGAUUGAUUGGUGACCGCAAGCCUGAGAAUGAGGGGCCUGACGACGAGAAGUUCAUUCCUGCCCGAAGAUUCGGCGGAGAUGAGGAAAUGACUGGAGCAAUUCUGUACCUUACUAGUCGCUCUGGGAGCUACUGCAAUGGUUCGAUCUUGGUUACAGAUGGUGGUCGAUUGAGCCUCAUGCCUGCCUCGUACUAG